GAACCACCUUCUUCAAACUUCCUGGUGGAGAGUUGAACCCUGGAGAAGAUGAGGUGGAGGGGUUGAAACGACUGAUGACAGAGAUUUUGGGGCGUCAGGAUGGAGUAAAGCAGGACUGGGUCAUUGAUGACUGUAUUGGGAACUGGUGGAGACCAAACUUUGAGCCGCCUCAGGUGUACCCCUAUAUUCCAGCACACAUCACUAAACCUAAAGAACAUAAGAAGCUUUUUCUAGUACAGCUGCAAGAGAAAGCAUUAUUUGCUGUGCCAAAGAACUAUAAGCUGGUGGCCGCCCCCUUGUUUGAGCUUUAUGAUAAUGCUCCUGGCUACGGCCCGAUUAUAUCCAGUCUUCCACAGCUACUGAGCAGGUUUAACUUCAUCUACAACUGAGAAGCAUAAGGUUUUGUCUUGACUGUGGGCUGUCUCUGUGAGCGCAGUCUGAUGGGAAGGGACGGGUGACGGAUAAAGUGCUGGUGUUUCGAUGAUGCCGAGGUUUUACAUUGCGAGACAUUACAUUGUGUAGAAAUGUGUGCAUUUUUUUUUUUUCUCCUUUGUGGAUACAUUGCAGGUCUUUAUUAUUGAACGUUGUCAUCAAGUAAAUACAUUUUUAUGUUUGACUAAGUGAUGAAUACAAUGUCUAUAGAAAAAAUGUUUCAGUGACUUUUUUUUAACCUUGUAUAUUUGUCAGUGAUUUUUAUAAUAAAUUGUUCUCUUGGAGAUUAUGCAGGUUUCCUUUGUUUUAUAUAUUAAUUGUUGUUGUGUUUAAUGUGUAUGAAGGAAAAUUUACAUUUUUGGCAUUAACAAACUGAUGUGCUAUAUGGAAAAUUAUAGUACAGUAUGUGGUGUUAUCAAUAAAAUCACUGAUGAGUAAAAUAUUCAAAUUAUAUAUUUGAUGUUAAAUGUUAUGUAAAAAUACAUUAAGCUCCUUUAAUGGUGAAGUGUGUUUUUAUUUAUUUUAUUUUAUUCAUUUUUUUUUAGCUUUAUUUGACCCAAAACAAUUAUAAUUUCAAAACGGUCAUAUAAUCAAUAGUUUUAGCCCAUUUACACACUCUCUUUGACCCUAGGAACUAAACAGGCUGUUAAAUCUGUGUUUAAAUGGAGAGCCACAUUUGUUAUACCCCACAGCCAGGAACAGCACAAGGUUUUGACAUUUCCCUUUAAAUGUCAUUAUUUAUUUGUGUUUUCUACAGUCUUUUUGUUUUUCUUUGUUUUUAUUGAAUGUAAAUUUAAAUUGAGUUGUCAUGAAAUUUUCAAUCACGUUUUCAUAUUCAUAUUUGUUUGUACAGUAACUACUGAUCUUUUAUCCUAUGAUAUACUGUCAUAUUGCUAAUAACUUAUUUAUGAAAGUGCUACUAAAACCUUUGCUUGUGGCUAUAAUAUGUGAUCUUUGUUUGUUUCCAGCUAUAGGGGAGUAUGCCAUUUGGCAUAUGUUGUUUUGUGGGAGGGGUUGUCUCAGUAACUCAUGUAUUUUGUUUCUAACAUUAGAGAUUCAAAAUAUUUGAUCAUGAUGGAGCUCAAUGUAAGCUUAAAUUCAGUGUCUAACAGCACUGCUGUGGGUUCAGAACAGAUUGCUCCUGCUGUAAUUCUGGGUUUGUGCUGUUUGGUGGGUUUGCCAAGCAAUAUCGCAGUAAUCAUCAGCAUUGCUCGUGAAUGGAACAAACAUUUGAGCUUUACCUUAAAUCUAAUGGUAAACCUUGCUGUCUCUGAUGCUUUGACACUUUGCUUGGCUCCUGUGGUGCUGUGUGGAAUACUGUUUGGAUGGAAACUCGGCCUUUGGUCUUGUAGGAUCUUAUUCUUCUUGGGUCACUGGAGUCUGUAUGUUGGUGUCCUGACGGUCACCUCCAUGAGUGUGCACCGCUAUCACAAUGUCAUCAAGUCCAGAGUCACUAACAGGAUGAUACUGCACAGACUGGAGAGACGGCACAGGCACCUUCAGCUGAUUGGCAUCUGGAUUCUAGCCUUUGUUUUUGCCCUACCGAUAUUUUUCACUCAAGGACUCAAAGACAAGGAUGGAUUGCAGAGAUGUCAGAGGGCAAUGGAGUCACAGUCUGUAGUAGUGACUGUUUUGCUUCUUGAGAUCCUGUUGGGCUUUGUCAUCCCAUUUUUGAUCAUGUUAACAUGUUAUCUCUGGUUGCACAAAGGUUUGAGGCAAAAAGCCAAGAGCUCCAAUCUAACUAGAGCUCCACAGGACCAGGAACCCAGAAAUCAGGGGCCAAAGGUUAAGACUUACAAGAAGAGACUUAUGGUCAGCAUCGUUGUGGCUUUUGUUCUGUUUUGGACUCCUGUGCACAUCAUCAAUGUGAUUGAUAUAGUUACUACUCUGACUAAAACCUCUCAUCCAGAUGUUCAUUCCCAACUGAAGUCCUUCCGUAGGGUUUAUGGUGAUACAAGCAAGACUCUGGCUUUGCUGAACUGCUGUCUGGAUCCUUUUCUCUAUGCCGUUUCUUCAAAAAAUAUUUUAAAAUAUAUCAGGAAUAAGUAAUUCAAAAUUUCUGAUAUGACUUUUUAAAGAUUCCCUGGUUCCUCAUUGCUGUUCUUGUGUGGUUUGCAGUAGAUGAACACAUGCUGUUGAUGGAGCAACAAUAUGCAGAAUCAGAAAGAGCUUUAUUGCCAGGUAUGUUUAUACACACAAGAAGGAAUUUGUUUUGGUGACAGAAGCUCCAUAGCCCAAACAGAAUGACAGUGACAAGACACAGAUUAUAAAAAGAAUAAAAAUAGAAAAUGUACAUAGGAAAUAACUAUAUACAAAAAAAUAUUUUUAAAAAAUACAUAAUAUAACAAUAGACUGUAUAUUUGUGUACAGGUAGGUUAUGUACAAAUGCAAGGAAAUGCAUGGGUAUUAAAAAAAAAGUAAUGUGUGUUAAACAAAUAGUGUUGUAUAUUGCACGUUUAUUGCCAAGUUAACUGUUCAUGAGAUGGAUUGCCUGAGGGAAGAAACUGUUCCUAUGCUUGGCCAUUCUGGUGUUCAGUGCUCUGUAGCGCCUUCACAGUACUCUUGUUUGUGAUAUUGCUUAAAGUUCACCCAAAAAUGAAA